AUGGCUUCCCGUACACACCUUGAUGCUUCAUCCCGAAAGAGCCCCUACGAGAUUCAACCGACAGAAAUAUACUACGGUACAACCAAAGACAUCGAACCACCAGUCAAGUUCCGAAUCGCCACAGGCGGAGCCGGUCAAUCUGGCCUCCUCAAAGCCUUGGCGGAAGCCUUCAUUCACCAUCAAGUGAGCGAGACAAACUGCCCGCCCUUCGCCGUAUCCUGGAUCAAAUCCGACACCACGGCAUCUUUCAACCACCUCGCCGACGAUACCGCCGAUCUAAGCAUCACAUACAACGCGGCGGCGGAGCAAAUCGCGAUAGCGCAGGGCAUCGCAGACAAGCACGUUUACGCGUGGCGAGACCACUUUCUGCUCGUCGGACCGAAAACCAACCCUGCAAAUCUCACCGUCUCCCCAACCGCCACCAUCGAAGCGCUCUUCUCCCAGUUGUUCAUCGCCGCCAUCGCCUCCGACAACACCGUGCGCUUCCUCUCGCGGUACGACAAAUCCGCCACCAACAUCAAAGAAUCCGCCAUCUGGACCUCCAUUGGCCAGACACCGUGGUCCUACCCCUUUUCCUUCUUCUACCACAUCAACCCUGACUUUCCCUACCAAGCACUGGCGACGGCUGCGAAGCUGCAGGAGUACACGCUCAUAGAUCGCGGCACCUGGUACGGAGUUGAGCCGUGGAUCAGAGAGCAUAUGAAGAUAUUCAUGGAGGGUAAAGACGACGACAAGACCGACAUCCUACUGAACCCCGCCCGGGUACUCGUGGGUGCGUAUGGUAAGAACAAGGCCAUGGCGGACGCUUUUGCGGAGUGGGUCUCCAGACCUGAGGGCGGUCAGAAAGUUGUGGGUGAUUUUGCGGUGGAUGGUGUUGUGCUCUACACGCAAGCUCCUCUAGAGAUCCCGAGCGGACUGUGA